GAAAAAAAGUGAUAAUAAUUUUGAUCCAUCAUUGGAAUAUAGGGGGAGAAGUGACCCUAGGUCGUUAUCACACACCCUAUUGAGUAUGCUAUAUUCUUAAGGCACCAUCCCAUUCACAAAUUUAUAUUUUAUAUUUUAUAUUUAUAUUUAUAUUUAUAUUUAUAUUUGUAUAAAUACAUUGUGUCAAUCUAGAAAGCUUUUCUUACCCUAACCCUAAAGAGCAACAGUUUCAAGGAAGAACAACAAAGGGAUAUCUAUGGCAGGAGUCGGACCGUUGACGCAGGACUGGGAACCGGUGGUGAUCCGGAAGAAGCCUCUGAACGCUGCCGCCAAGAAGGACGAGAAAGCUGUCAACGCUGCUCGUCGCAGCGGCGCCGAGAUCGAAACCCUUAGAAAAUCUCAUGCUGGGACAAACAAAGCUGCUUCUAGCAGCACCUCUUUAAACACAAGGAAGCUUGAUGAAGAAACGGAGAAUCUUGCUCAUGAUCGAGUACCAACUGAGCUGAAGAAAAGUAUCAUGCAAGCUCGAAUGGACAAGAAACUUACCCAGUCUCAACUUGCUCAGAUGAUCAAUGAGAAACCUCAAAUAAUUCAAGAGUAUGAAUCUGGUAAAGCUAUUCCAAAUCAACAGAUAAUUGUCAAGUUGGAGAGGGCUCUUGGAGUGAAACUUCGAGGAAAGAAAUAAUGAAACCAUGGUGGACACAACAGAGGACAAAAAUUGUUUGGAAGUCAUCAUGUUUGGAACUCUUGUUAUAUAGUCUGUGUUGUGAAGGGUUGAAGAGGAGUUUGUCGUAUGCAACAACUUAGGUGUCUUGUUGACCUGAAAAAAUGAAACCUGUGUGCAUUUCUAGUCAUUUACUGUCUCAUGAGUCCGUAUGCUUUAUGAAUUAACCCUAUACUGUUCAAUAAUGAUGUGGGUGUUGCUUCACAAUA